AUGGCUUCGACACAAGAUGUCAAUAUGGCAGUCGCCACACAGAAUCCUGUUACUGAGGACGACAACAUUGUCAGUGAUGAAAAGAAGGCCAUGGAUAUUAUUUCCAAGGAGGGGGCGGUAGCCGCCGUUAAAGAAGAACCGCAAAAGACAUAUUACAGCAGUCUCUCCGUAUGGCUGAUGGUCCUGUUUUCCGGGCUUGCCAUCGGCAAUGCCGCCGUAAUUGGCAACGUCGAACUGCUACUCGCCAUCCUUUACCCGGACGAUCUGACGACCAGCAUUUACCAGAGACUUUCCAACGCUUUCCUCAUUGGCAUGAUUAUUGGUAUGGUUCUCUUCGGCGUUAUCAGCGAUCAGCUUGGGCGCAAGACUGGUGCCAUUGCUACGACAAUCUUGCUGGUGCUUGGUAUCACUUUGUCAACCGCAGCAAACGGAACCACCCCCACCGGCAUGUUCUGGAUGCUCAUUAUUGCUCGCGGUAUCGCUGGGGUUGGCGCGGGAGGAGAAUAUCCAGUGUCUGGCGCUGGCGCAGCCGAGGCUACCGACGAAGAUGCCAAGUUUCGCAAGAGGCGAGGUUUUAUGUUUGCUAUGCUCGCGGAUUUGUCGGCUAGUCUGGGAUACGUUUGGGGAGGGUUGGUGCCGUUGCUUUUGCUCCUUUGCGUAGGCCAGCAAGUCUCAAAGUACCACAUCGUCUGGCGAACCUCGUUUGCGUUGGGCAUGGCGCCUCCUCUGCUUAUCUUUUGGUUCAGAAUGCGCAUGGCAGUCUCCACAGCUUAUCGCAAGUCUGCGAUGCGGAAACAAAAGAUGCCGUAUUGGUUGGCGUUGAAGAGAUAUUGGCGGCCACUGCUAGGCGCAGCUUCAACUUGGUUUCUGUACAACUGGAUCAGCAUCCCUUUUGGAAUAUUCAGCUCCACCAUCAUCUCAAGGGCCAAUGUCGAAGAUAGUCUUGUCAAGACGCUUGGAUGGGGUGUUGUGAUCAACUGCUUUUACAUCCCUGGCCCCUUUAUCGGGGGCUAUCUCUCUGACAAAAUCGGCAGACGUCAAACAAUGGCUCUCGGUUUCACUCUGCAGGCAAUCCUAGGCUUCGUUCUUGGCGGUGCGAUGAACCCCAUUCAAGGCGUUUUCCCUUUGUUCGUCGUUCUCUACGGCAUCUUCCUGACACUUGGCGAAGUCGGGCCUGGAAGUACCGUUGUUCUCAUUGCCUCUGAGUGCUUUCCGACAUCCAUUCGUGGCCAGAUGAUGGGCCUCAUCUCCGCCUUCUCAAAAGCAGGAGCCGCUAUUGGAACACAGGUAUAA